AUGUCACCGAAUUGUGAGACACCCCCCUCUUCUUCUCCGCCCUCUCGUUUUGUCCCCUCUCUCGCCUGUAUCGCAGAAGAAGAACCACGAAUUAUAUUCACGAGACGAAUUUAUGUUCCCGGUGGAUCAUCUUCAAAACCAUUUCAAGUCGAAAUUCCAAUAUAUGAUCUCAAUAUUUAUGCACCGGAACCUGGGAAAACUUCGAUGCCAGAGAGUUAUCAGCGAUUGCUGGCGCAAAUGGACAAGUAUAUAGAAUAUCAAUCGAACUCGGAAAGGCAUAAGAAAAUGGCUAAAGAGCUUCGACAGAAAGUUGCAUUCGAACAGGCGGAAGCUAAACGGCUAUCGACACCAAAUUUCACUCACAGAGACUGGUAUUGGUAUUCGGAAGAGACCAGAAACUUCGUCGAUGAGCCAGUAUUUACACGGAAAAUCGUCGAGAAAUGCGAAGAAAAGACGAAAGAAAGCCCAUCAAAUGUGGCAGCGCUUGCGAAGUGCGACGAUGAUGAAUUCGAUUUGAACGCCGAUUUUUAA